AGUUUGCUUUCAAGAUCCGGAAGGCGAUCAAAAGUGGUAUCAACCAAAUCCAAAACAACUGUUUCUGGAAAGUUGGGAAAGGGGACAAAAUAAAUGUUUGGUCUGAUUUCUGGAUUCCAUGAAAAAAGCCACCAUUACAUGAACCAAACAUUGGAACUAACUUAAUUCCCAGUUGUGAACAGACGAAACUAGCCCUGAUUAUCAUUCCCAAUCCCAUUUACUUUCCCUAACCUUCAUCCCCCGAAUUACACAGUCCUGGAGCACUCAGAUCGACUGCCAAUGUUUUUUCAAAUUCCUUAGAAAUGUCAUCAUCAUCAUCUCUAACUUGCGGUAGACUGGCGACAUGGACUAUAAUUGCAGUUCUGCUGCAAAUUCUAGGUCUUUUACUCUUUGUUUUAGGGUUCUUCCCUGUCAAACCAGCUCUCUCUGGCGUUAGUGGUAUGGAGAGUUAUAGGGAUCCAAUGUCAAGUUCCAGAGAAGAUCAAGAGCAGAUAAAACAUCUGUCUCAAAAUCAAUUGAGAUCUUUAUACAAGGAUAUGUCGAAGAUUUCGCCUACAUUUGAUCGAUUAAUACUAAUGGUUGUUGAUGGUCUUCCAGCAGAGUUUGUUCUGGGAAGGGGCGAUCAACCUCCAACUAAAGCUAUGAUGGAAGCUAUGCCAUAUACUCAGUCAUUAUUAUCUCAUGGAAAAGCAAUUGGGUACCACGCGAAAGCAGCUCCUCCAACAGUUACAAUGCCUCGCUUAAAGGCAAUGGUUUCAGGAGCAAUUGGGGGAUUUCUUGAUGUGGCGUUCAAUUUUAAUUCACAAGCUUUUCGAGAUGACAAUUUGCUUGGUCAGUUAUACAGCAUUGGCUGGAAAAUGGUGAUGCUUGGGGAUGAAACAUGGAUUAAGUUGUUUCCUGGAUUAUUUACAAGGCAUGAUGGAGUUAGCAGUUUUUAUGUCAAAGAUACUGUUGAAGUGGAUCACAAUGUUUCUCGACAUUUGGGAGCUGAACUUACAGCUACAGAUUGGGAUCUUUUGAUUCUUCACUAUCUAGGCUUGGAUCAUGUUGGCCAUAUUGGUGGGCGUAGUAGUACCCUGAUGAUCCCGAAACUGAAAGAGAUGGAUGAAGUUAUUAAGAAAAUUCACAUGAGCUCAGACCUACCUCAAGACUCUUCUAAUGGGCGGACACUUUUGAUGGUAGUCAGUGACCAUGGCAUGACUGAAAAUGGGAACCAUGGUGGAUCUUCAUAUGAGGAAACAGAUUCUUUAGCUCUCUUUAUUGGUAUAGGAUCUAAGCUACCAGAUUAUGCAUUGGCAACCCGAAAAACAGCUUCUCAGGUAGACAUAGCACCAACAUUGGCUCUUCUUUUUGGUGUACCAAUUCCAAAAAAUAACAUUGGUGUUCUGAUGUCAGAAGCCUUUGACUCACUAGCAGAUGACCAAAAACUGCGAGCUUUGAAAUUAAAUUCAUGGCAGUUACUUCGACUACUGCAAGCACAGUUACCGGCUUUAUCUUGUAGUAGUUAUCCAUGUGACAACUAUGAUGGGGCACAAUGUUCAGGAAUAAAUGCAUGCAAAGUUAGUAUUGAGCAGAAGUUUUGCUGUUUAUUCUCAAAAGCCACAACUCUCCACAGUUCAUGGACAUCUCAAAAACACAGAACUUCUAGGUCUAAUAAUAGUGAGGAUGCUAGGAGCAUAUUUGCAGCAUAUAAUGAAUUUCUAAGAACUUCAAGUGAGUGGCUAUCACGGAGAGCCACUGAUAAACCUCCUGAACUGCUUGCUCCUGGAAUUGCCUCAAUGGCUGUAUCUUGUGCAAUGUUCUUGUUUAUUCUAUUCUGUUUGUGCAAGGAAGUGUACCUUAAAGAGAACCAAGGGCUUCUUGACUGCAGUUACAAGUGGCAUUUGGAUGAGGUUUACGCUUUGGUUGUGGUUGUGAUCUUUGUUUUUAGUAUGGGAUCAAGUUCUAUGGUAGAGGAAGAGCAAUACAUAUGGCACUUUUUGACAUCCACAUUGUAUUUGAUAUUUCUCCGUAAAAGUUUUCAGUUGCCAUCUCCAGGAGCAGUACCAAACAUGGGCAAUGUGAUCAAAAGACUAAAGAGCAGCAACCAUUGCCCAAUAUAUUCCAUUAUCUUCGUGCUUAUUUGUGGGAGGAUAUUGAGAGGCUGGCAUCAAGGUGGUGUUAAUUGGGUUCAUCUGCCUGACAUAUCAAAAUGGCUUGAACAGACUGAUCCUCCUACAAUACAAUCCUUCCAAAUUGUCUCACUUCUCUUUAUCAUCGGUAUGAGCUCCUUCAAUCUUUAUCUACUAGAACCAAAGAGAAGAAUUGUUCUGGUUAUUCAGGUCAGCUUGUUCUUGUCCGGAUUCCUUUUAGUAAUGCACAUCAUGGAAUUUCAGGGCACUGUAUUUGGACAAUCCAACUAUAGUUCCACUUUAAUAGCUCAAAGUAUUUAUGCAACUAUUAUCAUGACGGUAAUUGUGACUGUUUUACAAGCACCAUGGGUUACACCUGUUUCAGUUCGUGACCACCAAGUAAACAACGAAUCCCUUUUGGUAAAUUCUGCUUCCAAAGAUAUGGAAAUCAGAUCUCUUCUACCUGCUGUAAAAUAUUCUUUGCACUUGAUUGGAUUGACAUACACAGUAUGUUGGUGCCUUCUACAACUCUUACUUCAGCAACCAGUUAAUGCAAUGCCUGUCUUGUUGCUUUUCUUUCAAAUUCUGGGGAGCAUGUUCUACUUUUCCAACAAUGAGACGCAUAGCAAACAUUGGGUCGAGGUUGCAGCAUUGUACUUUCUGGGAAUGGCUGGCCAUUUUGGCCUUGGGAACAGCAACACUCUUGCCACUAUUGAUGUUGCAGGAGCUUUUAUAGGAAUCUCGAGUCACUCAACAUUACUUUCUGGAGUUCUGAUGUUCAUUAUUACCAUGGCAUCUCCAAUGUUAUUCCUUCUCAGCCUGGUGUUUUACAUAUCAACCAAGGAUGCUAGCUAUUUGCUGCUCUCCAAGAAUGGAGACUUGGGACAUCUUCUUCAAAUGAUGAUUGGCUUUCCUUGCCUUGUUCCGUUGGCCUUAAAUUCAGUUAUGCUGACUGCAUUCACCGUCGUCUUGUUCGCAAUGAGAAACCAUCUAUUCGUUUGGAGUGUAUUUUCCCCGAAGUACUUGUAUGUCCUGGCUAUGGCAGUUUGCGUAUAUGUUGGAGUGUUUAUAGUAGCUGUUGCUGGUAUUUACACGUGUUCGGUAUUCUUCUUAAGGGAAAGAAUGCUUCGGCCUAAAUCCAUUACCAAGUUAAAGAGCUGAGAUACCCAGCCAGUUUUGCUCAAGAAAUGGUAUAUACCAACGACGAAAAACUUCACCCAUGAAAUUGAGAAGCUUUUGUAAGUUUCCUCGGGAAGAUGAGCUUAUCCCAAAGUAGUGUAGCUUCUUAGUAGUUUUUAGUACAUGUUAACUCUUCUUCUUCAUAAUUGUAUAUUUAAAAACGUCAAACGUUAUAAUCUAGUUUUUAUGUA